GUAAGCUCCCUUAAACAGAGCUUUGCUUUUGCUCUCGGCAGCAAAACCAAGCAACAAACUCAAUAAAGGGUUAACGCCGGCUGCUUGUGCUGCUGCUGCCUUCCCUCUAAUUGCUCUCCGUUCCUGCCAGGCGGAAGUUGGAGCGAGCAGUUCAAGUUCAAGGCUUGCCUGUGUGCAUGUGUAUGCUUUUUCGGCUCGGCAGCGGAGGGCAGGAGGCGGCUGGAGCAGGGAGGGUCCAGCGAGCAAACCUCUCUCAGACCUACGAGGAUGGCUCAGGCCUCCAAGUGCCGAAAUUCCCACCUCUAUUACUACAGCAUCAAAUUUGCUCUGUCCACCUAUGCCACCCUCUUCUCGAUCCUCGGCCUCGUGAUCCUGUGCGUUGGGAUUUACGCCGAAGUGGAGAGGCAAAAGCACAAAACCUUGGAAGGGAUCUUCCUGGCUCCAGCCAUCAUCCUCCUCCUGCUGGGCUUCACCAUGUUCAUCAUCUCCUUCGUCGGCAUGGUCGGGAGCCUCAGGGACAACCGGACGUUGCUGAAGAUGUUCUUCUGGGUCCUUCUGGUGAUCUUCCUCACGGAGCUGCUGCUGAUAUUCAUUGAAAUCAUCUUUGAAAACAAGAUGAAUGCAGUUUUCCACUCCAACAUCCAAGAGGGCAUCAGACAUUAUUACGAUGACCUUGACUUCAAGAACAUCUUGGAUUUUGUACAAGAAAAGUUUUCUUGCUGCGGCGGCGAUGAGUACCGAGACUGGGAGGUUAACCAGUACCACUCCUGCAACGGCAGCGGGCCGCUGGCGUGCGGGGUGCCCUACACAUGCUGUAUCAGGAAGGUCCCUGGAGAAGUCAUUAACACCCUGUGUGGAUACAGGACACUCGAUAAAGAGCGCCUGGAGCUGCUCAAUGUCAUCCACGUGCGAGGCUGCAUCCACGCUGUCGGGCUCUGGCUCAAAGACAACUUCGAGGCCACUUUGGGCAUCGUUUGCUCGCUGCUGCUUCCACAGGUGAUCGGUCUCGUGAUGGCUUGGAUGUAUUGGCAAAAGCUCAAUGAGAUCUACUCCAGGCUGGACACUGUUGACUUCAGGAUCCUGGAGAUGCAGGAUUUCAGCUUCGGGGCGGUGGAUCUGAGCGGCGCAGGCUGGUGCUGGUGCUUGCCCAAGGAAGGGGGUUACAUUCCCGUCAAUGCUGAGGAUGAGGAAGACGAGGAGGAGGAGGAGGAAGGUGCCAUCUGCCACAGCAAAGCGUGAGAAGGUGGAGGACUGAAAGGCAGUUUGGAGCAAAGCUCUUAGGGAGGCGGCAGAUGUCGAAUGUGGAAAUAAUGUGACUUAUCUUCUCAGGUUCAUGAGAUGCUUUGGGGGAAACUGUAAAGUAACACUGGAAGGUUAUAAAAAAUGUGAUGCACUGUGUUGGCACCUGAGUUCCCCUGGGUUCUUUUACUACUUUGGUGUUUUGAAGCAUUUGUACAUCUCCUUAUUGGGGUUUUGGG